GUUUGUGAGGCGACAAACGCAGUGCUGGUUGAAAGCUUUGUUUAUGUCUGCAAAGGCUUGCCAGAGAUCGCAUGAAAUUUUUGCUUGUACAGCUAUAUCUAACGUCUAAGUCAAGAUGAUGUCAACUGCACAUGUAACUACGUCUCCAUGUAAAUGUGAGAAGAAACCAAAGGGUCAAAUUCAGAUUAUAUUUGGGCCAAUGUUUUCUGGCAAAACAACUGAGCUUGUGAGAAGAAUGAAGAGGUAUCAGUUAGCUAACUACAAAUGUCUGGUUGUGAAGUACUCCAAGGAUGACCGCUAUGACAUAGACGGGGUGGCCACACAUGAAGGGCAAGUUCUCCCUGCUGUUUCAGCAAUGUCACUGAUGGACCUGUGCUGUGCUGCUGGGUGUCAUGAUGUCAUUGGAAUAGACGAGGGACAGUUUUUUCCAGAUGUGGUGGAAUUUUGUGACAUCAUGGCAGAGAUGGGCAAAACUGUCAUUGUAGCAGCAUUAGAUGGAACAUUUCAAAAAAAGGGUUUCGGGAACAUAUUGAAUCUGGUACCAUUGGCAGAGAGUGUUGUCAAGCUGAACGCUGUCUGUAUGAAAUGCUUUUCCGCAGCAUCAUUCACAAAGAGGAAAGGCAGUGAGAAGGAGGUGGAGGUUAUUGGAGGAGCUGACAAGUACCUGGCUGUGUGCAGAACCUGUUUCUACUCUCCACAGAAGUCUGAGGAAGACAAAGAGAACACACCUGUCCAGUGCGACCUACACGCACCAGUUGACACAAAACACAAACGCAAAUUAUUCACAUCUCCACUUAAUAUGGUUAAUGCAGCCUCAUGAUGAAGAGCUGGAUGUGCUUUUAAUAUGUGUAUCCUAACAUCCUUAAGGCCACUGAUGAAAUAUUCCCAAACAUUCACUCCAGACUAAGAUAUAUAUACUCCAUGUCAUGGAUGAUGUAAAUUACUCCGUGGUAAUUUCAAAUAUUUUGUAAAAUUUUAUAUAUGUGUUUAUAAUUUCAGCAGUUGUUCACAGUUAUACAGUAACGGCAUCAUUUCAUAAUAAUUCAUUUUAAUACCAUGAUAGAAUUUUACAUAAAAGGUUGAGUGUAUUUUUAUAUCUUCUGAUAAGUCUGGCAUAGUGCUUAUCUGGUUGUUAUAUUUUAAUCCUAGGCCUGCAGGUUUCUGUUUAUUCAGUGCCAACUAUACAAUGAUGUCAUAGUUAGCUGAGAUUGCCUGUAAUGUCGCAUUUCACACACACUAUUCUGUGUCCAACAUCAGUGCACCUUGUUGCAAUUCUUCCAUUUUAAAUCUACUUCACUUGAAUAUUUAAACAUUCACAAAUGUCUUGCAGUAUCAGAGCAUUGCAAUUUUAAUAACAGUUUCAGUUUGUCUUACCUACGUUGCAUGUACAUGUGUAUGUUUAUCCACCAUUUUGUGGACAAUUCUUAGGGAAAACCUUAAACAAAAAUCAGUCAAAUGUAUCUCCCAUAGGCUAUAUUUUUUACUUUAUCAAUUUUAGAACUAGACAUUAGUCAGUUGAUGCUAUUGUCCAUUGUCUGUUUUUCUGUGUUUUCUUGUGAACAUCAUCAUAUAGACGUGACUACUGUUAGUAUUUCUGUGCACAUUGACCCUGUACAGAUUGUAUUUGACAACUAAACCUGUAUGCACAGCGGGUCUAGUUUGGCAUAAGACAUACACAAAAGCCAGACAUAACAUAUAUGUACAAGAAAGCAAAAACUGUAUACCUGUAAGUGGUGGGUGAAUGUGUUUGUGGUGUUAAGACUUGUGUGUAUGAUGACUAGUAAUAGUUUUGCAUGCCCGUGUCAUGCAUACGUAUGUACGAAUUAUGCUCAUGCACUUUAAUACCUGUACAUGUUUACAUGAAUGUUGUUCGAAUAUGAGUAGCCCGAACAUGUGAUUGACUUGUUAAUGAACUUAUUACCACUGUAAAGGAAUUUCAAUUCAAGAUGGUACUAUUUAUUUGAAAUUAAAUUUAUCAGUUAAGCUUCCAUCAACAUGCAGUCCUUGCAUGAAAUGCCAUGUUAUAACUGAUCAUUCUGUACGGGUAUUUGUUAGAUGUGUUAUAUUUUUUUGUGGUGAACCAGACAGACCGUGUGGAUAUGUACAUGAUUGUUUUGUUUAUUAGCCAGUAUUUGCCGUUGAGUGACUAUGACAGACUUCCUUGAUGUAGCUCUGUUUUCAUAUUAGGAUACCAAGAAGUUAAUUUACAAUCUUAAGUAGUGCACCAAAUUCACAGUGUUAUAUCAAUGUGUAAAAUGUCUUACUAAUUAUUUAAAAUUUAAUAAUAUCUUCCUCUGACAGACAAUUGUAAAUGCAUCUUUUCUUUUUUAUAGAAUUUUCUACUAAGAAUGGAUUUUAAAUACGUAGUUGUUUCAUACUUUUUUCUCCAGCUUAA